AUGGCAGAGCUCGAAGACGUAACGCUGGGGGGAAGGCAGCUGGACAGCCUACGGGUCACCGAUUUGAGAGCCGCGCUAGAGGAACGGGGACUGCCUAAAAGCGGCCAAAAAAGCGCACUUAUUAAGCGUCUUAAAGGGGCAUUGAUGCUGGAAAGUCUGCAAAAACAGUCUACUCCCCAUGCUGGGUUUCAGCCAAAUUCACAGAUGGGAGAGGAGAUGGGACAAAACAGUUUUAUAAAACAGUAUCUAGAGAAGCAACAAGAGUUACUACGGCAGAGACUACAGAAAGAAGCCCGGGAAGCUGCAGAAACUGGAGAGCCUUUAGCAGAAUCUGAAGAUGAGAACAUACCCACUGACAUGGUUCCAGAACCACCUGAUCUCAUCCGCUCUGUUAUGAAGAUUCCAGAAGAAGGGCUGCAAAAGCGCACGCCAAAAAAAUGCCAACUAGUUUUGGAAGACCCUGAGGAUUCAGAGGAAGAGCUUCCUCGAAAAAGAGGGAGAAGAUCACCCCGGGUAAAGCAGGCCAAAACAUUAAAGCCUUUGGUGCUAGUGAACCCAGUACAGGAGCAGGAGCAGCGCAGGGUAUCUACACGCGUGCGACGGUCUAAAUGUGAUGCAAAUACUUUAAAUGAAGAAGCAGAAGAUGUGGGGGGAGAGGAAGAAGAGAUGGAAGAAGAUCAGGAGGUGAAACUAGAUGAAGAAACUCCCAAAAGAAGAAGGUCAUCUUCAAGGACGGUCACUCCUCAGCAAGCCACAAAGUCUCCAGGACCAAAUUCAGAGUCAGAACAAGUGCCUGAGGAGAGGAUUCCACCACUGCUGCCUUUGGAAGGCCUACGGCAACAGAUUUCUGAGAAGCAUACAUCUCCAGAAUCUGAAAAAUCAGGAUCCCCAAAGUUUAUUCAAAUAGACAGGAGUUACAAGUCUCCUCAGAAAUGGGGGCGUCAAGCUAGGGAGAAGAUGGAACGAGGUUUAGAGCCAGAGGCACAAAAAUAUCAGGAGUCCUCUUUUGUUAUCCGACAAACAUCAAGUUGGAGCCAGGAAACUGAAAAACUUAGAAUUAAACAUCAAGAACUCCAAUUGAAUGAAGAGAAAGAAGGGGAACUAAAACCUUUAUUUAUAGCAAAAAGCCCAACAUCAAAGGAUAUAAAAACAAGCCCUGCACUGGUUCUAAUUAAGCCACCUUCUCAAGGAAGGUCAGACAAAAAGAUAACAGUGGGAGACCACAGCAUUCAAAUAGUGGAAAAGUCAUCAGGAAGAGGUGUUCAAGCCAUGUCUGUAUUAGAAAAACAAGAGCCAACCACAAAUAAAACUAUCAAACAAGAUAGCAAAUCUUUGCAAAUAUCCAUAUGCCCCAAUACUGAAAGAUUAGAAACAAAGUCUUUUCCUGAAACGGAGAAGAAAGUUCCAAGGCAGUCUGUAACAAACUUUGAUUCUGAUGAAUCAGAAAAGCCACUAGCAAUUUCUUCCAUAUGUGCACCCUCUGUAACAAAAAUGAGAAAACUGAAAAUUAAGACAUUUCUAAGUACACAUGAUCAUUCACAACAUGAUAUAGCAAAAAUAAGACAUGCACAUACCCAUGAAAAUUUAGAAAAGGAGACACCAGAGUUAAGUAAAGAAUCAAGUGAAACUGUUGUAUGCAGAGAUGUACCAUUUGUGCCUCAAGUAAAGGAAUGUGAGCAACAAUCAGAGGAUAAAACUGCAACACUCCAUCAAAAAGAAGAGAUGGAAGACGCAUCUAUUAUAAGUCAGCAGAUAGAUACAGAGACUGCAGGGCAUAAAGAGACAGAUGAAAGUAUGUUGACUGAGGAACAUAUGGAUACGAAAGAACAUAUGGAAAGGGUAGAAGAUUCCAGUUAUAUUAUUUCUGAUCAAGAAAAGCUAGUAGAAAAAACAGAAAUUAGUUCCUCUUGUUUAUCUGUUUUAGAGAUAGCAAAGGAAUGUAGCAUCUCUGAUCAAGCUAUGAAAGAAGAACUCCUUGUUUCCAGUGAACUGAAUGCAGCAAACCCUCCUACAGCUCUAAGAAGUGAUUCUUACAAAGACCUAUCCUUGGAGAUUCAGGAAACUUCAGUAUUAAAGUCUGAAGGAGAAGCGCCACAAUGUAUUCAAGAAGAUAUUAGUGAAGAGCUAAUAGAAAAUACCAAAGAACAGGAAAGAACAUCUUUGGACACAGUCAAGAAAAUUGUUUCUGAAGGCACAUCUGAAACUGUUUUAUGUGUCACAUCAACUACAUUACUUUCUCAUGACAAAUUUGUAUGUACAGAAGGUAAGCCAUCUCCAGGAUAUGUGCAAGAAAAAGAUACUCCUAUUUUGGAAUCACCAAAAGAGCAUGUUGCGGUAGAGGAAACUUUGGCACAACCGCAAGACAUUCCUGGCUUUAUAGAGGAAGUAACGCCUUUAAAAACCCCAGAAACACAUUUAGAAAUGGAGGAAAAAGGCCCUGCUCUAAUAAAUAAAGAAGAUUCAAAAGAAAAUACUCCAGAAUUAACUGUUCUUCAAACUACAGUUGAAUCUAAUGAAGAUAAAAUAGAUUCUGUGGAUCAGGAGAUUUUUGAUACACCUAUAAUUCAAGAAACCCCUGAACUAGAAGCACCUGAAGAAAAAAAUACCACAUUUAUCCAAGAUAAACCUGAUUUCACAGCAGUGAUCCAAAAUGUCCCUCAUGAAUCAGAUCCGGCUGAUGAUCUAGAACCUGUAGUUCAUGUCAGCUUUGAAAAUAUCAGAGAUGAAGUACCUAAAACUGAAUCUGUGACUAAUGAAGAUAAAAUAGAUUCUGUGGAUCAGGAGAUUUUUGAUACACCUAUAAUUCAAGAAACCCCUGAACUAGAAGCACCUGAAGAAAAAAAUACCACAUUUAUCCAAGAUAAACCUGAUUUCACAGCAGUGAUCCAAAAUGUCCCUCAUGAAUCAGAUCCGGCUGAUGAUCUAGAACCUGUAGUCCAUGUCAACUUUGAAAAUAUCAGAGAUGAAGUACCUAAAACUGUUUAUGCACCUGAUGAAAGUUCUAUGGAGGUUCAAGAAACUACCAAUUCAGCAUUACAACAGCAUAUAACAACUUUAGUAAUGGAAGAACCUCCCAUAACUGCACAGGAUGAUCCUGUUUCUAACCUGGUGGUAAAAGAGAGUGAGUGUCCCUUAAAAAAUGAAAGUUCUGACAUGCUGGCCUCAAAAAUGUUGACUGACCAUCAGAAACCUUCUGAAACUGUGCAAACAAAAGAGAGUGCCUCAAUGAUUACCCAGGAAAACAAUGAAAUAGAAAAUAGCAAAUCUACCAAUGAAGCCAAUAAUGAUACUCAAAAAGUAGAGGAGAUGGAAGAUGUUUUGGAAGAUAGCAAGCCUGUUUUUUCAGUUAUGGAAGAACCAAAUAUAAUGAAUUCAGACAGCUUGCCACAAUCCACAAAUCAAUCCACAAAUCAAGAGGAAAGUGGAGACAAAGCUACAAUAAGCACAAUUAUUGAUGAGGAUUGCACAAAAGUUGUACAGGUAGAUCAGCCAUCUAGUGUAGAAGCUGUAUUAAAAUUGGAAGAUAACAUUGCCUCUGAAUCAGAAUGCCUAACUGUAACUCCCAUGGAAACUACACCAACUUCUGCCCUUGAGCAAUUAGGACCUAGACCUGAAAAAAAUGAAAUCGGGACUGCUAGAUGCCCUCAUUCUAAAAUACAAAGCACAGAAGAAACUGUAGAAAAACAAGAUGAUGCCGCAUGUGCAACAGAAGACCAUUCAUUAAAUAUGAACACAGGUGAUUUAACUGAUGAAAAAGAAGAAAUUACCAAUAAGAAGGAACUCAAUUAUGAUCCACAGAAAAAUGAACCAGUGGUUCCAGUCAGGAGAUCACAACGGAGAAGAACCUCCUCAUCAUCAUCAUCGUCGUCUUCUUCCUCCUCUCGAUCAUCAAGCUCUUCUUCAGAAAGAUCAUCCCAUUCAAGACAUAGCUCCCAUUCAAAGUCAUCCUCUCUAGAGAGGUACAGGCAGAGGUCUAGAUCUUCAUCUGUCUCUUCAUCAAAGUCAAGAUCUUCUUCUUGCCACAGUGACAAGGUGGCAACAAAAAUGUUAAGCCCUGAAGUAAUGAAUUCUCCUGAUCACCAGCCUCCUAAAAGCCCAUCCCCUCCUCAUCAGCAGUCAUCAGAACCCCCACAAAUCGGCUCUCCACCUCCUUCACCUAAAACGGUGAAGCUGCAGGAAGACAUAAUACCCCCACUGCAUGAUACUCUCCAGCCAGGUCGUGGGGUGCGUCGGCAGUUGCAUUCAGAUUCAGAAGACCCAGACAUGCAGGAACAAACUAAAAGAAUAAGAUUGCAAAAAGAAUCUGAGGAUCAGGACUCUAAAAGUCCAGUCCCCAUGGAGCAGGAGAUAGAAGAGGAGCAAAGUCCAGAAGCCGACAGUGGCACACCAGAGAGUGAGGACGUGGUGAUGGAGGCUGCAGAGUGUCAAACAGAGGGUGAGACCCAAGAGGCUGCACCCCCACAGUCCUCAGAGGAAUGUUGUGAAGGAGAUGACAAAAAAGAGAGUACUACUCCACCAAGAACAUUCAAACGGAAGAUCUCUGUUAUAUCUGCCAGUAAAUGUUCUAUUCAGCCUUCAUCAUCCACUACAAUGAACAGCGACAAUGAGGGUGCUCAUCCAGCAAGACGGAGGCGCUGGGGAGCCAGUACAGCAACAACACAGAAAAAACCCUCCAUAAGCAUCUCAACUGAAUCACUUAAGAAUCUAAUCCCAGAGAUAAAGGAGAUAAAGCAAGAGGCAGUGGUGGACCUUCAUGCUGAAGACACUCACAUUUCUGAAGAUGAGGCAGAGAGGAAUGGAGAUGACAGUUCCCAUGACAAAGGCCUCAAAAUUUGCAGAACGGUUACACAGGUGGUACCAGCAGAGAUUAAAGAGAAUGGACAAGAGGAAGGAGAAGUGAAAGAAGAUGAGGCAGAAAAUGCUGCUGAACCAGAACCAGAACCAAAUCCUGUUCCAGUGGAAACUCAUGUAGCUCCUCCUAGUGAACCAGAAGUUAAGAAACCCCCCACAGAAAGUCCUUCAAGAGCAGAAGUUAGAGUAACUUUGGGAGACACACUCUUAAGACGUUCAAUCAGUCAGCAAAAGAGUGGUGUCUCUAUUACUAUAGAUGACCCUGUUCGAACAGCAUCUCAGCUUCCUUCUCCCCCACGCAACAAAAUGAGCUGUAUCGUGCAUAUCUGUAAUCUGGUCCGACCUUUCACUUUAGGACAACUGAAGGAGUUGCUUUCUCGUACAGGGUCUAUAGUGGAGGAAAACUUCUGGAUAGACAAAAUUAAAUCUCACUGCUAUGUCACGUACUCCACAACAGAAGAAGCAGUUGCAACUAGGAACUCUCUUCAUGGUGUGAAAUGGCCACAGUCCAAUCCAAAAUUUCUCUCUGUCGACUUUGCUGAGCAAGAUGAGCUGGAUUUCCAUCGGGGUCUUUUGGUGGAGCGCCCGCCAGAGCCAAAACCUGAGGAACAACCUCAUCCCCACCCACACGUCCCUGCUCUGCGAGGUGAACACAGGGAACAUGAUCGAGGAGCAAGAGAGCAGUGGGCAGAGAGAGAGCGAGAGAUGGAAAGAAGAGAACGCACACGUUCAGAGAGAGAGUGGGAUAGAGACAAGAUCCGGGAAGGACCCAGAUCACCCUCUCGAGACCGUAGGAGGAAAGAACAUGCAAAGUCCAAGGAGAAGAAAAACGAAAAGAAAGAGAAAGUACAAGAAGAACCCCCCGCAAAACUCUUGGAUGAUUUAUUUCACAAAACCAAAGCUGCCCCUUGUAUAUAUUGGCUCCCACUCACCGAAGACCAGAUUCUGAAAAAAGUUGCAGAUAGGGCAGAGCGUGCCAAGGAGCGAGAGAAGCGACGGAAGGAGCAAGAGGAGCAAGAAGAGGAGGAGAGAAAAGAGAGGGCAAAGGAGAGGGAAAAAGAGGCUGAGAGAAAUCGAGAGAGAGCACGAGAGGCUGACCGAGAAAAGAGAAGAGAACACAGUAGAGAGCACCCGCGUGAAAGAGAGCGGCGGGAAACUAAGAGGCACAGCCGCAGUAGAAGUACACCAGUGAGAGACAGGGGAGGCCGGCGUUAAACACAACCUGCUGAUAACCUCCUGUACUGACAUCCCAGCCCCUUAAAAAUCCUGUCCAGCAUCAAAGGGGAUAAAAGUUCACCAGUUCACACAGAUGUACAGUAACCAUGUGGUUAAAGAAGUGGUGCACUCAAGGCCCCUACCAAAGGGAAAGGUGUAUUUAAAAUGCAGGAUAUAGCUUCUGUGGUUCCAAAAUCAAAUUUGAAGCUUUGUCCCUGCAAGCCCACUUGUCUGGUCCCCUUUGGUAUGUAAAUUUCCUUUUUAUUUUAUUUCCCCCUCCCCCCCAUUUUAAUUGUAUACUUCCGGGUGUAGAUUUAACAUACCGGGUGCUUCUGGACAGUUUGUGCAAUGAGAUUUUUCUCCCUUCCCAAUGUUCCCAUAUUAAUCUUCUAACUGCCUAAUGCCCAAGGACAUAUCCAUGGUAGAAAGAAGGUUACUUUACAUCCUCUGCUCAAGUGGCUUUCACAUGUGGCAUCCUCCCCAUUUAAACCUAUUUUUGUUUAUUUUUUUUUUUUAUUAUAAAUGAAGUGGAUUAUCAGAAAAUAAAAAUCCGAGUUAGUUUUA